GCGUUAUGGUAGGAGUUAUGUUUGUUGUAUCAAUUUGUGUGUCAAUUAUUAAUUAACCCUUGUUAAAAUGGCCUGUUGAUUAUUAAAAAGCAGAGCUUAGUUCAGAAACAAUCGAUGUUAAGUGCAUUUAGUGUGUGAAUCAUGGCAACUGGUGGCGAGGAUCUAUGGCGCGAGUGCGCGGGUUGGCUUACUAGAUGUGGAUUAUUACGGCCUGACCAUAAGGCGAAUUGGGAUACGAGCACUAUACAUGAUUUGGCUUAUACUUUGCGUGAUGGUGUCUUGCUAUGUAACCUUCUGAAUGUCCUGCACUCUGGCUGUAUAGACAUGAAGGACGUUAACCAGCGCCCCCAGAUGGCCCAGUUUCUGUGCAUGAGAAACAUAAAGGUAUUCCUAAGGACGUGCCACGAAGUUUUUGAAUUACGUGAGACGGAUCUGUUUGACCCAUCCAUGCUAUUUGAUCUCUCAAACUUCCACCGAGUACUCUGCACUCUUGCCAAACUCAGUCAGUGUCCAAAGGCCUUGGCUAAAAGUAUAAAACCAUUCUCGGCAAACAGAACACAAUCAGAAGAGGAUAUUUAUAAAGAUCUACAAUCUGUUGCGAACCAAUCCCUGGAUAUUCCGCCCUCGUACGAGACGGUCCAACCGCAGGCUUCGGAGGUGCCCUGGGUACAAUUCACCAUACCCAGCAGUAAUUGUGAAGAGAGGGUUGAGGAGAUAUAUGAGGAUCUAUGUUAUGUCAAGUUGAACUCGGAAGUACCUGAGCUAGCGUCGUCCUCGCACAGUUUAGAGAAACGGGAUUAUGUUAUACGCGAGUUGGUUGAUACUGAGUGCAAUUAUGUGGACGUGUUGAGCAAAAUAAUUAAGUAUUUCCUGAGACCACUUAUGCCGUACUUGAAGCCGCAAGAUAUGCAAGUAAUAUUCUUCGGCGUUAAGGAUCUACACGAAAUUCACACAGGCCUUCUCCGUCAACUGCGUUUGGCCACGGAAAUGUGUGUGCCAGGCAGUGGUGCGCCGAGGCUUGCUGAUGUUUUCCUUGCGUGGCGGGAAAAGUUGCUGCUAUAUGGGGAUUAUUGCUCAAAUCUCACAACGGCGCAGGAUACCCUGAAAACGCUGGAUUCCAGGGACGGGACGUUUAGCAAACAACUUGCAAAAUGUCAAAAAGAACACAGCGACGGUCGUAUACAGUUACGAGAUAUAUUGUCAGUGCCGAUGCAGAGGAUACUCAAGUACCAUCUGCUUUUGGACAAACUUGUGCAGGAGACACAGCCGAAUCACGAAGAAUUCCGUGGACUAGAACGAGCGAAGGAAGCAAUGGUAGACGUUGCACAAUACAUCAACGAGGUGAAGAGAGAUAGCGAAGUGCUUGCUUUGUUGGCUAAAGUUCAGGAGAGUAUAAUAGACUGGGACGGAGCGGAGCUAGGGGCGGGUGGAGCGUUACUAGCGGCGUACGGACGAUUAUUAUUAGACGGAGAACUCAAGGUCAAGGCGCACGAAGACCAGAAGCAGCGACUGCGAUAUGUCUUUGUGUUCGAUAAGCUUAUGCUCCUGUGUAAGCCCGUUAAGGAAAAUCAAUACUCAUACCGCGUAGGUAUACGAUUAGCUGAAUACCGUGUUGAGGAAGGCUGUGGGCGAAGAACUUUACGGACUGAUUCGCGAUGGGCCUCGCAGUUUUAUCUUGUACGUCGGACAAAGGAAACGACGUUUACAUUAUACGCUAGAACGGAUGAAUGUCGACGGAAAUGGCUGAAGACGAUACAGGAUGCUAUUGACAACUUAGAACCUCCGGGAUGUCGAAAUACAAAUCACAAGUUUGUCCUUCACACAUUUGAAAAACCAGCCACUUGUCACCAUUGCUCCAAGUUUCUUAAGGGCCGAAUAUUUCAGGGUUACCAGUGUUCCGUAUGCAGCGCAUGCGCACACAAGGAUUGUAUCGCGUUAUCUGGGCGAUGCGGCGGAGGCCUGUCGGUGGCGCCACCUCUGCCGCCGCACAGCCAACAGCCCGAUCACGCCUUGCAUUAUUACAUGUGGUACGUGGGCGAAAUGGGUCGAGAGACAGCCACAGACCGCCUUGAGCGCCGCGUGGACGGGACCUUUCUUCUUCGAGUCAGGCCUAGAGCACCGCCACACCCUUCCAACGACACGCAUUAUGCCCUCUCACUCAAGGCUGACAACACAGUGAAACACAUGCGCGUCUGUCGAAAGCCAAUAGACCAGGUACCGCACUACUUCCUCUCCGAGUCAAGAUUCUUCCGGAGCGUUGUUGAACUCGUCACUUAUUAUGAACGGGUUAGUCUCGCUGAGAACUUCGUAGGAUUAGAUUCUAGUCUGAAAUGGCCAUUCCGUCGGGUUGUCGCCACAGUCAUCCACGACUUCCGUCCCUUGGAGUCGAGUCAACUGUCACUGCGGCCCGGGGCCAAGGUUCUGGUUCUGAGUAAAGAGGGAGACAGCCGCGGAUGGUGGAAAGGAAGGAUACUAGACAAGGUAGGUGACAACCGUUCAGGCUACUUCCCAAAGGACUGCGUGCUAGAGGAGCCCGAGUGUAUCGGCGCACUUGACUGAUGUCACUUGUGCGUCGCAGCGCGACGACACACCCUUGACAAUCUCAUCGAGGACCUGGUCUGAGGUCUGUAUUUUAAGACAUCUCAAGUUCUCACUUGAGUUUUGCCGGGUGCUGAGGAUAGUCUAGUCACGAGGGAAUUGAGAUCGCCUCAUACAAAGGGGAAUAGUGCUGCGGGGCCAAAUCCAAUCGAUUUGGACUUUUAAGGCUGAAGACAUACAUGACACAUCAAAAUUAUUUUAAAAUAUUACCAUAUAGCAAUUGAAUAUUUUUUUAAUAUGUAACAGAAAUUUUGUGAAUCGUUUGAAUUUAUUUCUAAAUGAUUUGUAUACAAACAUACAAAUCUAUUUAAAACUUUCUGUAUACGCGAAUCUAUGUGGUCCUAAUCGGUAUUUGUGACAAAAAGGCUAAUCCAGCUAUAAUGACGUUGAAAUGACGAUUUUACAGUUCACCAACUGUCACAUAUAAAGGAACGUCACUGUAUAAAAAAGUCAAUUUCAACGAUUUUGUCCGACCGGCUAUUUACUGAUUGUCGCUAUUUUAGAUUUGUUUCUAUCCUAAGUACCAACUAGAUUAGCAAAAUAAACAGAAAGGUGACAAAUAAUAAUAAAAAAUAAAAUAAGUUUUCAUUUAGUUCACAAGAUCUUAGUAGAAAUUGGGAUUUUUUUUAAUACAUCAAUUCUUAGUUUGGCAAUAAUUUGGGCUUCUACGAUAACCACAAAAUUAUAUCGUUUUGGUAUUUAACUAGCUUUAAUUGUAAUUGGCAUUGAAAUGUAAACCCCUUUGAUAGUCAGGAAGAGAAAAUAUUAUUUACUUAAAACAACCAUUUCCAGUAUAUAACUAUUUAAAAUCUUAGUAAAUCCUUGUUAAUAAUUAAUUAGUUAAAUAAUACUCGUAAAUUUGAAUACAUAAGUGAUGUUAUGUGUCUUAUAUGUGAAGUUGUGAAUAGCGGGUGAAAUGCUUUAAGUGUAGAUAUAAAGUAAGUAGUUAUAAGACGACAUACAGCUCUCUCACUCAUUUGACAGUUUUUACGGUAGAAAGGGACAAACGUAUUUUUUUGAGUAUAAAUCGAAAAUUUAUGGCCGUAACUAUAGCCUAAUAUUAAUUUUAAGACGUGUCAAUAUAAGAGAUUUCGAUAAUCCAUACACAUUUUAAGUGAGAGAGAAUUUAUGGAAUUAUCAAAGUAAUCGUAAUACAUAAAUUAAUAAUGUAUGGCGACCCAUAUUACAAAACCAUUCGCCUGAACUCAUUAUAAUAUAUACUAAAAAUUCUUGCAUUGUCAUGCUUAAUAGUUUUCAUAAGAGAAGAAAUAAUAUUCUCAUAGUAGAAAUAUUUUCUAUUCAUGUUAAUAGAGUUUACAAUUUGUAUGUUAGAAUCAAAUAUCACUGUUAUUGCGUGAUGAAAUAGUUUAUAAUACAAAUAUUUAUGGUAGAUGACAUAUCGGCACUGAACCAAUUAAAAUCAAUUUUCGUAUCCAACUAAUGAUUGUUCGUAGGCACUUUCAGAGGCUCAAUUUAUCAUUAAUAAAACCUUUAUGGUAUUUUUUGUCUAUGGACGUUAGUUGGAUAUGAAAAUUUUCACUAUUGCUAUACCAUUAAGCUAACAGUAGAUAGUAGAGGCAUUCGUCCAAUAAUAAAUGUAGCUGUUUAAUAAAUGUUUCACGUACCAGUUGUUAGAGUAUUUUUAUGAAAUCGUUGAUCAUAAUUGAAAAAAAACAUAUAAAAUGUUGUUGUCUUUGAUAUUCUACUUCAAAAUGAGUGUUGAACGGUUUAAGGUCUCAAUUGUUGUCUUUGGCGCACUUCUCUUGGUGCAAAAUCUAGAAUUUGUCUAUUGUAUAGAAUCAUAUUUAAAAUUAUGACACCUUUCUCCAUCGUAUAAACAAAUUUGUAAUCGUAUUUUAUUUUAUUUUUGAAGGCGUUGGGUAGUAUACGUAUGUGUGCGUACGAAUUAUGAAAGGCCGGCAACGCACCAGCUAAUGGGUGUCCAUAGGCUGCGGUAACUAUGGCUGUUUUAGACUGAGCCAGAAGCGUUUGGUACAGAUUACAUAUGUCUUUUAAUAACUUAAUUUGUCUGUAUUAGUUUUUAAAUAAAUAGGCUAUGAAGUUAAUUCAACACACUUGUUGAAAGCAAACUAGGAAUUGCUUGCACAAUUUAAAUCCUGAAAAAAAUCAAUGUGCUCAAUUUUUUGCUUUUAUUAAUCUUGUUUACGCAAUAUUUUGCAAAUGUUUCAUAUUAAUGUGGGAAUAGUGAGAUAGAAGUGCCAAAGUGUUAAUUGUCAACUGUCAAUACAAAAUUUUACUCAUGUCAGUCACAUUUUUUAAAUCUAGGUGACUUAUGACACAUGUACCAAUGCAAAUAAUGCAAUUCACAGUCUUUAAUUAUAAAUGUCUAGAAACUUUUUUAUACGUUUUCCUAGCGGUGACGAAUUUGACAAUGUUGUAAUCUAAUUGUUCAAAGAACAGUUUUUAGACUUUCUUUAAUAUAUUAUGCAGUAAUUUUAUGUAGUCAUUGGACUCGGGCUGCCCUCGUCUGGUGGAAACUUGUUUUUUAGUUAUCUGAGCUCAUAUUACAAAUAAAAUCCCACCAAUAUUAAUGUGUAUUCACAUUCCAAUUAUUAUUAACAGAUAGACACAUUUAUUUAUAACUUUUUGUAAAUAGCAAUUUUAGUACAAAUUGUAUUUUUUUUAUUUUUGUGCAAAUUUUUCUCGAAUAUUUCUGGUGUUUCUAAUGAAAUUUCCAUUUCGUUGUAUUUAUUUGUGCGUGUUAUUUUUUAUUAAUGUCAUACUGUGUGCUAGUUGAAUCGAAAUAUAUUUUUCAUUAAAAUAUGUAGAAUUCAAAUUACAUUAAGUAUAGUAGAAAUAUAUUUUUGCAAUAAGGUGAAAUGCAGCUUAUUUAUUAACUAUUUUAAACAGAGUAUAUAGUCCCGCAUACAUUGUAAUUUUGACAAUAGCAAGUGGUAAUGAGAAUAUUCAGUAUAACAAAUAUUUUUGUAAUGUUUCUUUGUACAUAACAUCAAAGUAUAUCAUACUUAAAAUAACGAUUAUAUUUCUAUUAUUGCUUUUAUACUUAUUUUCUAUAUUUUGACAAUUUAGACAUUGAUUAUGAAAAUAAUCUAUGGCAAAUAACUUGCCAUACUAAUUACGAUUUAAAAGUAAAUUAAUAUGUCAAAGUUGUAAAAUGUCUAUUGUCAAGUGAGCUUUGCUUCUAUUUGUAUGAAAUAUAUGUUUGUAGUAUUUCAUUUAAUUAACCUAAAAAAUAAAUUUAUAAUUAAUAUGACAUCUCAUGUACUAAUGAAAAUAUGUAUUGGAUUAGCUUAUACGAAUUUAUGUAGUGUUGUGGAUUAAAUGGUUUUUAAAUGUUCAAAUUACUUUAGUUUGCGAAUGUUGGUGCUAUUUAAUUUUGUGUUCAAGGCUUUUUAUGUUACGUGCUGCCAUAAGCCUCAAAAUAAUAUCGUAAGAAAAUAUAGCAAUUACACAAAUAAGGCUAAACAAAAAACUUUACGUAUUUGACACUGGGCGAUUUUUUCAUUCUCAAUCUUUUUGACAUAAUAUUUUCUGAGGUUUAUGGCAACCCAAACGCACUGGUACAGACGUAGUGUUAAAAUAUUUUGAUAUUAUUUAUGUCUGUAAAUAUAUAGUAAAUGCAUAUCUCAUUAUGUAGUUAGGAUAUCUAAAAUAUAAAUAAAUGGUUGGAAAUGGAA